AUGGUUACAGUUAGGUCUGUGGUGGCUCUAGCAGCAGCCUCUCACUGGUACAUUUUUCAGAUGGAUGUGCAUAAUGCAUUUCUCCAAGGGGAUCUUUCUGAAGAAGUCUUUAUGCAAAUUCCAGAUGGCUUUUCAAGCCAGGGGGAGUAUAAGAAGCUGAUUGAGCAAGUGAGGAAGGACUUACAAGUCAGAUUCAAAGUGAAAGACCUCGGGGAACUAAAAUACUUCUUGGGCAUUGAAUUUUCUAGAUCAGAAAAAGGAAUUCAAAUGUGCCAAAGAAAGUGUGCACUUGAACUAGUUUCUGAACUAGGUUUGUUAGGUGGAAAGCCAGUAACUACUCCACUGGAGUUCAAUCACAAGGUAACUUCUAUGGAGUUUGAUAAGGUUGUCACCAAGAAUGGUAGUGACAAUGACAAUGAACUUGAAGACAAAGGGAAAUAUCAGAGAAUAGUAGGCAGACUAUUGUACUUAACCAUGACUAGGCCUGGCAUAGCCUUUGUGGUUCAAGUACUUAGUCAGUUCAUGCAUGCUCCUAAACAGUCUUACAUGACUGCUGCCAUGAGGGUCAUCAGGUAUAUAAAGGGAACUCCAAGUCUAGGUCUGUUCAUGCCAACCGAUGGAAAUUUGAAGUUAACUGCCUACUGUGAUUCAGACUGGGGUGUUUGUGUGGAAACAAGAAGAUCAGUAACUGGUUAUGUGAUCAAGUUUGGAAAAGCUUUGAUAUCGUAG